AUGAACCAACACGAUGCCCUCGAAGAGCUCUUACGCAGGAACAACGAGCUGGCCAGAGGCCAUCAACCACUACCCGACUUAAAAGUAGCGCUCAAACCUGUCCGCCCAGGUUUCAUUAUUAUCAGCUGUUCCGACCCCCGCUUGAACCCCUACAAGAUAUUCGGUCUUGACGCAAGCCUUGGUGGCCGUGUUACCAUGAUUAGAAAUGCAGGAGGGCGGGCUAUAGAUGCCGUCAGAACUAUCUCUGCCUUGCAAACAAUCGGAGCCGCCAAAACAAUUCUGGUAGUUCACCACAACGACUGUGGUAUGUCGCAUUAUAGCGAUGCAGACAUUAGAACGGCAAUGCUUAAGAUUGCACCUGAGGAAGAGAAAGCCAUUGGCAAAUCUCGCUAUGGAGAGAUAGAUGAAGGGUCAAUCGAAAAGAGUCUUAACCAUGAUGUUGCGUUCCUUCGAGAUUGUCCAUUCAUCAUUCCGGGCACCCAGAUCAUGGGCUUAGCAUAUGAUAUCAAGACUGGGUUCUUGACAAAGGUUGUUGAGGCUGAGAGAUAG